AUGAAAAUGAAAUUUGUGCUGAUGUUGUUUUUGUUUUAUGUGGCAAAUGCAAAUGUACUUAACAAGAAUCCCAACAUUUUAAAGUUUAAAGUGUUUAUACUUCCUGCACAAAGUAGCCGGUACAAAAUUUUAAACCUGCACAACAGCAGCAUUAAAAAGAUUAAGGAAAUCCAAAAGAGCUUCAAAACCAACGUUUUUGUGAGCAAGAAAAUCAAGGAUUUCUCUAAAAGAGAAGAUGCCUUCAAGUUGCACCUAAUUAGCAACCCCGCCCUGUCCAUAGUUAUUAAGUAUUUUAAAAAUAAUAUAAAAAGCCUGAGGUUGUCUGCUUUGCACUUCGUAAGAAUAUACAAAUUUAUAAUUUACAUUAGAUGCCUGCUAGAGUGGCUGCCCCAAAUCAACCCCCACCUCAACCCCUUUUCGUACAUUUUCACCUACACGAAUGGAUACGUCCAGUUUUUCCAUAAAUACGUCCCGAACGUUUUUGGAAUAGAUCUGAGUGGUGUCUUUUCCUGGCUCUUUCUCGAAAUGAUAGAGAAUAACAUACAACGUAGCACGAGACGUUUUUGGGACGAAACGAUGUUCCGAUCGGAGGCGCACUUCCGCAUGCUGGCCAACCUGCGCUUUUUGGAAUUGCAAAAGCUGCUCCUAAAAAGGUUCCAAAUUUUCAAGAAUGAAGAAAUAACUGUGCUUAAGAAAGGAAACAUGAAGACCAUUUUGAACGAAUGGGCUGAAUUCCUAACCAAGGAGCAGAAGGGGACCAACAUCACACACAUCCCAGAUGAAGUGUUGCAGAGUAAAAAGGUGGCCGACAUUUUGAGGGACGACAUUGAAUGCAGGUGGUUAGUUGGCCGGAUCAAUGUGGGCACCAACCAGGGCGGCUCUACCGAUGUUAGCAAUGUUAGCAAUGUUAGCAGUGCUGACCUUGCGCGCAACGGCGCCGCGCUGAGCAAAAUAGACCAACUCCACUUCGAUGAAUACCCAGACUUGUUCCAUUACGAGUACCCGCAAUUCCCGUACAACUACUAUGACAAAAAAAAAAUGAGCAAUUUUUACUCGCUCCUAAAGUUCCCCUACAAUGAUAUUUUAAACAUUUCGAAGAUGAUCAAGAGGGACGUCAUCCCCCCCCCGGGUGGUAAUGCCGAGGAGGGAGAAACACUGCAACGGGGGGAGAAGCCACGCAGGGACGCAUUGGAACCGACCAACGUCGACGUAGUUGAUGACGACUUCAUGAGUUACUCCAGCAACAGUUAUGUGUAUGCCCCGUCGGAGAUGGAGACGUCCAAGGAGAACUACCAUGAGUAG